AUGUCGCAAAAGGCACAGAACAACGCGCUCGAUGACGUCCUUGCCUCCCUUCUCGACCGCCGACGUGCACGGAACCAACUGAGGGGCCUGACUACAGUUCCAGAUGGCACCGUCGAUUUCUCUUCCAAUGACUACCUCUCGCUAUCCUCGCAGCCCGCCGUGCAGCAAGCAUUCUUAACUCGCCUCCAAGGAGCCUUAUCACCCACCACCACAGGCGAUAACAGUCGCCCGUCUUCGCUGUUAGGCUCGGGCGGCUCCCGGUUGUUAGAUGGAAAUUCUCUUUUUGCAGAAUCUCUGGAAUGCAUGCUGGCCGAGUUCCACGGCGCCCCGGCCGCUUUGCUGUUCAACUCGGCCAUGGACGCCAACGUGGGUCUUUUCUCGUGCGUCCCGCAGCCUGGAGACGUGAUUGUGUACGACAGGUUAAUACAUGCGAGCGUACAUGAUGGGAUGCGGCUGAGUAGAGCCAGCAAACGAAUCCCGUUCGCCCAUAGCCACGUCUGGGACGCCCCGGGAGACUUGGGCACUUCUUCUUCCACAGCCAAAUCUCUGGAGGCGGUCUUACGGGGUUUGCUACAGGAACCCGACGGCAGUCAACUCGGAUCCGGAAAGAGAAAUGUCUUUAUUGCCGUCGAGGGUGUCUACAGCAUGGAUGGCGAUGUCGCCCCCUUGGCUGACAUUGUUGAGUGUGUUGAGCGUUAUCUUUGUCAAGGCAACGGUUACAUCAUCGUCGAUGAAGCACAUUCGGCAGGUAUCUUUGGAGACCGUGGCCAGGGCUUGGUGAGUAUGGUACUUUGCUCGCCCACAACUCGCUCUUAUCUCAUCAACUAUGCGCGGACCCUCAUCUACACAACCGCCAUGGCAUUCCCUUCCCUCGCGAGCAUUGAAGCAGCGUACACCUUCCUCGCGGCUGGCCGAGCAAAGCAGUUACGGUCCCAUUUGGAAGUUCUUGUGCAAGGGACACACAAGCUCCUCCUCACGGCGUGCGCCCGCCAUCGCCCCCCUCCUGAACUGUUACGCGUCAGUCCCGCAAAACCACGGUCACCGGUCAUUCCGGUCCUUACCUCCCGGCCCCGGGACCUAGCCAAAUACUGCCAGCAGAAAGGAUACAUGGUGCGCCCCAUUGUAGCACCAACGGUACCUAAAGGAGAAGAAAGGAUUAGGAUAUGUCUCCAUGCCAAGAACUCUAUUGUGGAAGUGGAAGGAUUAAUCAAGGCGAUGGAAGAGUGGUUGUUGGAAGCCAUGAAUCGAGAAGGCGAGCCCGAAGGAAGGGUGGUGACGGAAACAGACCAAAGCCAACCAUCAACGCAAGACCGGGCAGUCAGGGAGGCAAAAAUAUAA